UUGUACCGAAUAUCACCGCCAACCGCAACUCGGACACCAUGAUUUCCUGUAUAAAACAAACUUCUGUAUCCCACCGCCGCAACGGUGGCAGCGGGCUUCUGCAGCCGCAACAUUAGCCUCAUCGAGCGGUGCACCGAGCGAGACUCAAAGCGAAAUAUCAUCGGUGGAUAGUGAUUGGAGUGACAUUAGAGCGAUAGCAUUAAAGUUGGGUGUUUCAAAUCCAGACGACUUGCACACGGAACGUUUUAAAGUAGAUCGACAAAAAUUGGAACAAAUGAUAAAAGCUGAAAGUUCGAUAGAGGGUAUGAAUGGAGCUGAAUAUUUUUUCGAGAGCGUUAUGAAAACAACUGAGACUUAUAUAAGCUGGCCAUGUAGGCUUAAAAUUGGAGCUAAAAGUAAAAAGGACCCUCAUGUACGUAUUGUGGGCAAAGCCGAAGAAGUGGCUAAAGCCAAGGAGCGCAUUUUAGCAAGUUUGGAUUCAAGAGGCACCCGAGUCAUAAUGAAAAUGGAUGUCUCCUACACGGAUCAUUCCUAUAUUAUUGGACGUGGCGGCAACAAUAUCAAACGCAUCAUGGAAGGAACUUCCACGCACAUACAUUUUCCCGAUUCGAAUCGUUCGAAUCCCACGGAAAAAUCGAAUCAAGUUUCACUAUGUGGAUCUUUAGAGGGUGUAGAAAAGGCUAGAUCUCUGGUUCGUCUUUCGACACCCUUAUUAAUAUCUUUUGAGUUGCCAGUGAUGGCACCUGGACGUCCACAACCAGAUAGGGAUACUCCAUAUGUAACAAUGGUCGAGCAAAAAUAUAAUGUGCAGGUCAUAUUCUCUUCUCGACCGAAAUUACACUCAUCCCUAGUUUUGGUUAAGGGCUCCGAAAAAGAAGCUGGACAUGUUCAAGAAGCUACACAAACUUUAAUCAACUUUUCUUGUGAUAAUAUUGCAAGCCAAAUUUUAGUUAAUAUGCAAUUGGAAAUAUCACCUCAGCAUCAUGAAAUUGUUAAAGGAAAAAAUAAUACCAAUCUUUUGAGUAUUAUGGAGCGUACAAACACAAAGAUAAUCUUUCCCGAUUUAUCUGAUAUGAAUGUUAAGCCAUUAAAAAAAUCUCAAGUGACUAUAACUGGGACCAUAGAAGGUGUCUAUAAGGCACGACAACAAUUACUUGGUAACUUACCGAUUGCCUUAAUAUUUGACUUUCCCGACAAUCAAAACGAUGCCUCUGAAAUAAUGAGCCUUAGCACUAAAUAUGGCGUUUAUAUUACAUUGCGUCAGAAGCAGAGACAAAGCACUUUGGCCAUUGUUGUUAAAGGAGUCGAAAAGUUUAUAGACAAAAUCUACGAAGCCCGUCAAGAGAUUUUACGUUUGACGACACCCCUCAUCAAGCCGGAUAUACCGGAACGCUAUUUUAUGCCACAGGACAAAGAUUUCAAUUUGGUCUAUCGCACCACAUUAACAGCUUUGUUGGCUGGCUAUAAUGAAAGUCCAAAGACACCCAAUGUAAUGCCGGCAACUACAGGACACAUACCUUUGUCCCCAUAUGCCAGCAACAACAAUCCUUUGAUCAACAACAACAACAACCUUGUGAAUAACAAUAAUAACAACAACAAUGCUAAUUUAAAUCAAUUAAAUCGACAACAAUUCGGUGGUCUUUAUCCCACCACUCCCACGGGCAUUUGCUCACCUACUCAAAAAUAUUUGCAGAUUCAUAACAAUUCGUUUGCUAGACAACAACAACAACAGCAACCGCCUGCAGCACAUCAACAACAUCAGCCAGCAGCACCACCGCCUCAUAUGCAACAUCCACAUCACAACAACAACUACUUACAGGUAUUGCAACAACAGCAUCAACAUCAACAGCAGUCACAACCCAUUCACCAUCAUCAUCAACAACAACAAUUACAACAACAAACCCAAAUGCAGCCUCCCAUUCAUAUGACGCAACAACAUAUGCCUCAAACACACAAUAUUUCACCGCGCAAUAGCUGUAGCAACAAUACAAGUGGAUAUCAGAGUUUCAGCAGCAGCACCACCUCACUGGAACAGGCAUAUCCGCCAUUUGGCAAUGCUCUGGGAACGGCCCCCAAUAAUGGCAACAAUGGUCCUUCGUUGCUUAGUGGUAAUCGACGUUCACCAUUUUCACCCGACUCGAAUUAUAACAGUGAGGCCAGUUGCAGUCGUUUAGGCCGUAGAUCUAGCGAUGGUGUCCUCUUAGGCCUGGGUGCCUCAGGACCUAUUGGGCCAAUGAUACCUGGAAGCGCUGAAAGUUAUCGUAACCUACACUAUGACUUGAAGCACAAUCGUACUUUUGAUUUUGACAUAAAGCGCGCCAUGGGUUUCAAGGCCAUGGAACGUCCACCGGUUCCCGGGGAGUUGCGUACUCCCACUCCCAACUGGAUUGGCAUGGGUUUGAGUCGCACUUCGCCUGUUCCAAUCGAAACUGUCGACGAUUUGUCACCCUGGAAUCGAGGCCCAACCGGCUCUUCGACCGGUUUGGGCGGAGGGGCUAACACUCUUGUUUCACCUUAUGGCAUGGGUUCAACAACCGGUAUUGUUGACUCCACACCAACAAAUCGUCGUUUACAAUUGACUCAGCAUAAGGAUAUACAUUCCUUACUAACAGCUUUGGGCUUGGAACAUUAUAUCAAAAUAUUCGUUUUAAACGAAAUCGACUUGGAAAUGUUCAUGACCCUCACCGAGGAAAAUCUAAUGGAAUUGGGCAUUACUGCUUUUGGUGCCCGCAAGAAAAUGCUAGUGGCCGUUCACACGUUGCAGGCCAAUGAGGCGGCCACAUCUACAAUGCCGCAAACAUCGUCGAAUGCUUCAUCACCACGAUUUUCAGGAUCUGCUGCACCAGGUGCUGAACGUAGACCUUCCAAUCAGUGGUAGAACGAACCACCUGGUGUCUUAUUAAACUCUUAUUUUUUCUCGCUUGAUUUUCAAAUCUCAAUAUAAGGUUUUGGAAACAAACAAAGCUUUAAGCUUUUUAAUAUAACAAACUAUUUUCAAACUUAACAAAAUGUCUAAAAUUCCCAAACCUUUAAGAUUGAGAUUUGAAAUAGUUAAUGUACAACAUAUUUUUUAUUUCCUUAUUAUACAUUUAGAUUAUAUAUUCUUUCUUUUCCUUUUGCAUGCCUGGCUGAAUUCCUACUGUGUUUUGAAUUCCCCAAAAUUUCUCAUUAAAAUAGUCCUUUGCAUGCACUGAAACAAAGACUCCUAACAUCGUACUUGUAAAAAGAACACAAAGUGAAAACAGACCUUCAAAUCCACAAAAUCUCUACAAAAUGCGAAAUUUUCCGCACAAGCCCACUGUUAUCAUAUGAAAUUUAAUUAAUAAAUUUUAUAACCUAUAACUACUAACCUCAAAAAAAAAAAAAAAAAAAAAAAAAACAAUGAACGAAAGCAUUUAACCUAUACACUUCCUUAAAUCCCAUUAUGACUUAUACUCGUAUUUGUACACAAAUUACUUCACAUUGAUAACAGUUUGGUUUCCAUUGUUUCGUUCCGUUGUAGAGACAAUUGAUUGUUGAUUGAUCUCAAAAGUAGUCUUUG